UGGCUAGGACUUGUAUUUUGAAGUUUGUGAGUGUACUGUGACGUAUCGUGAGUGUUCUGUUCAGCUUCAGGCCACAGUUUGUUGUUAAUACGAUUCUUCCAUUCCGUUUUGGCUUCGACUCUGUUCAACAGAUUUACGCCAUGGUUUGUGAAAAAUGUGAGAAGAAACUUGGCAGAGUUAUCACUCCUGAUACCUGGAAAGAUGGUGCAAGAAAUACGACAGAGAGUGGCGGAAGGAAGAUCGAUGAAAACAAAAUGUUGACCUCCAAAAAGGCCAGGUUCGAUCCCUAUGGAAAGUCGUCUUUUUCCACAUGCAGAAUAUGCAAAAGCUCCGUCCAUCAGUCUGGGUCACACUACUGUCAGGGAUGUGCUUACAAGAAAGGGAUCUGUGCUAUGUGUGGCAAGAAGGUUCUGGACACCAAGAACUACAAACAGACAUCAGUGUGAUUUGUACAUAAGGACAUAAAGACAUUUCUGAUCUUUUAGAAGUGUAAGAGGGUUAUGUAGGGAAACUCUAUAUAUUUAGAUUAAUUAAAUCAACUAUCAGUUCAUGGUGGUGUUGGUGUUGUUAUUAUUUAGCGCAAUAGUGCAGUUUUACAUAACUGCACCACAUUUGGACAUGGCUGUUGUUUAUUUUCCUUGAUGGAUUCAUUUAAAGCAAUAUAGCAACUUGCACUGUUGAAUAGAUGCUUUUCCUACAUGAAAAGGUUCAAGUACUUCCUUAUGUUUUCUGAACAGACUAGAUUUUCACCAUUUAGAUAUCAGAUUUAAUUGCAAGCCAUAUUCAAUAUAUAUUUUUGAAGCAUAUAUCAGUGCAGGCUAUUUUAUUACCAGGUAAUCACUGACAUUUAACCUAGAGCUCCAAUGUUGACAUUUAAAUACCAUCUUGUCCUACAGGCAGUUUUCUUUUCUGUUUGUGUGAUUACUGGAUAUGAAUUUUGUAUUUGUUGUAUUAGUGUUUAAUGUACAGUGCACCCAAUAAUCAUGAUUAUGAUAUGGUUUAUAUCAAUAUUGCCUUCUUUUCUGUAAGCACAUGUUCUGUUCUUCUUCUUAUACUUGCGUGCCCAUGUUUGUUUUAGUUUUUUUGUCAUAAUAAAACAGUGGAGUAAUUCA